CUGCAUCUGCCAUCUCCCAACCCACCAUGUCCAACCUUUCCGACGACACACUCAGGAGGAUUCUGCAGCAGAUCCAGACGCAGGCGGUGACGAGCCAGCGGCAAUUGGGCCUUGUGCGCGCGCAGACGCAGGCCAAGGAGAAGGAGCGCCGUAUCCUCGAGCUCACCAUGCGUGAGCUGGGCACCGUUCCAGCCGGCGAAGGGCGGAUGUUCCGCGGCGUGGGCAAGAUGUUCAUCGAGCAGCCUCGCGCGGAGAUCAACAGCAAGCAUGAGGCGUUGAAAACCUCGCUGAGCGACGACAUCUCUAGCCUGCAAAAGAAGGCCAAGUAUUUGGAGCGGCAGUUGGAGGAGGCCAACAGCCAGCUGCGCGAUAUCUUCCACAGCCAGCAGCGUGAGGCCGCGCGUCAGUCGUAGCAGCACAGCAGCAUUAUAGACGUCUCCCAUCAUACCCUCACACGCAUCAUCACGCCCGCUGUCAUAAUCCCUAUGAGAUGCAUGGGAAUGUAGCUACUACCCU